AUGUCCUUAACAUGGCCGCCCCCAAACAGUCAGAAACCACCCGACGAUGAACCUCUCCUCCACCCUCUGCACCGAGAUACUCUAAAUGGCCUGCUCAGAGCGCCUUCUCGUCCCCAUACCCCUAAUUCCUUCAAGAUGCGCAGUCUCGGGAACGGUUCCCAGUCCGGCCAAGCCGCCGAACCAGAGCCCAGUUUUGAAGAAGAUCCACAAGUUGUUCGGUUUCGUGCAUUGUUCCAUGAGACGGAGAGCAAACUUGCAACGUUGUUCAAUGACGUGGGCCAGAUCAUAAUUCCCGAAAGGCGCGCAAAUAACGAUGCGACUCACGCAGAGUCCAAGCCCGAUGUCGCCCAGUCGGGCCCGGCCCCUGCCCCCAUAUCAAAGAAGCGCAAGUUGGACGAUGACGACUAUGAUGAUUAUGACGAUGACGAGGAGGAGGAGCAGGAUCAAGAUCUGGAUGCUGCAAGAGCGUCCCCCCUCAAAGACAAGCCCAGCAAAGUCCAUAUCGUUACUGAUGCCACCUCGUUGCCGCUGCCCAGGGCUGUUCCCCCCUCCAGCGUCCCAUCCGAUCCGGCAAAAGCUCCUCUAAAGACUAGCACAUCAAAACAAAAGGAAGACGUCGAAGAUGCCCGCAAGAAGUUGGAAGAGGCCAAGCGCAAGGAAACUGAGACGGUCAAAUCCCUGUCCCGAACAAUGUUUUUCACCCUGGAAAAUGAUAGAGACGCCAUGUUGGAUCAGCAACGUCUGGAUGAGGCUGAGCGUCGGGCGGAAGCCGAAGCGGAAGGUCAUGCCAAUCGACAGAAUGCGUCGAUGCAGCAGGGAAGUCUGAGCAAGGCAAACCUCGGCGCAUCCAGCCUGACCCUGAAAAAUCUGAUUGCGUUGUUGGACGAGCAUCGCUCGAUGGUCCAUGCCACGGAAUCAGAGCUCCGUGCAUUGAUGAGCGAAGUGCGUAAGAACCGAAGCAAAUGGGCAAGCGAGGACAAAAUCGGCCAAGAAGAACUGUAUGAGUCGGCCGAGAAAGUCCUAACCGAGUUGAAGGCCCAUACGGAGCACUCGACUCCUUUCCUCAACCCUGUCAAGAAGAAAGAUGCACCUGAUUAUUAUCUCGUCAUCAAGCAGCCGAUGGAUCUCGGAACUAUGACAAAGAAACUCAAGCAGUUUGCAUACAAGUCGAAAAAGGAGUUUGUCGACGAUCUAAAUCAAAUCUGGAAAAACUGCCUGAAAUUCAACAGCAGCCCCGACCACCUAUUCCGAAAACAUGCACUCUUCAUGCAGAAGGAGACCGACAAACUAGUCCCGUUGAUCCCCGACAUUGUGAUUCGAGAUCGCGCUGAGGUUGAGGCAGAAGAGAGAAGGCAGCAGAUUGCCAAUGGUGAACUGGAGGAUGGCGCAGAAGAAAGUGAUGAUGAGCCAAUCAUGUCGUCUCGUGGUCGCAAGGCGCCUAAGAAGAGCUCAAAAGGCGUCGCAUCAACCUCGCGGAAAGCGCCGCCAGAAACCACUCCCAUCCCGGAAACGAAGCCGCCGGUCCUGCAAUCACUCAAUUCGGUACAGAACGGCAUCCGAGCUGAAUCCGAGGUGGAUGGAAGUCAAGGUCAUUCCACUCCUCCACCGGGAAUCUUGACUCCGGUUGGAGCCUAUGGUCCGGGGAGUGUGGUCGGAGCAGGCAGUGAAGCCAUGGACAUGGAUCUGCCCGCAUUGCCUUCGCAAGUGCCCAUGCCUGAGUAUGAAGACGAAGAAUAUAAACUCUGGAAACAGAAGACAAAGAAAGAUCGUGCUAUGCUUGCCGCCGCCCGACACAAACUCUUUCGGGGGGACAAACUGAGCCCUGACGAAACUGCCUUGUUGCGAAGUAAAGCAGGCAUGCGCCGCUGGCAACGUAUCCAACAAGAAGCUGCCGGCAAAGAUAUUUCCGAACUCGGUGGAGAUGCCUCUGAACAUGACAAACGAGUCGAAAUCCACGGCCAAACACUUGCGGAGGGAAUGGAAGUAGAAGAAGAGAGCAUGCUUCCUGAUUACUAUGAUUCGCUCGCCGCCAUCCCCGACCUUGAGCCGCGACUCAGAUGGGAGCAAGAUUCCGAAGGUCAAGUCAUCGAACGUGGAGAGGAGUUUCUACGAUUGUACCCCCCGAAACAAUUUAUCGCACCUGAGAGCAAGUUUACCAAGAAGAUGGAAGCCAAUAUGCGACAAAUGCAAGAAACACGAAAGGUGGUGUCGAAGAUCGGCGUGGUCAAGCAGAUGCAGCUACAAUCUCAAACUUACCAGAACCAGUUUCAGAAGUACGAGCCAGAACCCUUUGUUGAAGCGGAUAUUCCCAAUCAUGUCAUGUCAGACUCUGGUCCUCUAAUAGCACCGUGGGUUUGCAAAGCGGCUUUUCAACGGGCCAUUGGGAAAAUCUUCUUUCACGCGGGAUUCGAAGAAUUCCAACCGUCGGCACUAGAUACCAUGACCGACCUGGCAGCAGAUUUCUUCCGGCGACUCUGCACAACACUGGUCAACUACCGUGAAGAUUACAAGGUCCCAGUAACGACAGCUGUCCCAGCUGCCCAAGGACUAAAAUCCGAGACAAGUUCGAUGUACAGACCUUUCAUCACCGGCGAAGAAGCCAUUCUGCACACCCUACAUAGCGGGGGCUUAUCUUUGAAUGAUCUUGAUGUCUAUGCCCGGGAGGAUGUGGAUCGAAUGGCCACACGUCUUACUACUAUGCAUGAUCGCAUGAAAGCUCAUCUUGCCGACCUCCUCCGACCUGCUCUGACGGAAGAUACGGCUCACGGUCAAGGUUCCUUUGCCGAUGGCGGUGAACAGUAUGUCGGUGGCGACUUCGCAGGCGACCUUGACGAAGAUUUCUUCGGCUUCCGAGAACUCGGCCUUGACAAAGAAUUUGGUAUGGCAAGCCUCACGGUACCAUUCCAUAUCCUCCAAAACCGCCUUGGUUUGAACAAUCAACAAGUGAACCCGGCAGAUGCGGCCGAGAAGAUGUUUAAGGAACCACCCCGUUGGCCCAAGAUCAAUGUCGAAAGUGUUGAAGACCAAAUCGGCCUGGUUAAGGACUGGUUUAAGAAGCGUCUGCAUGACAAUGGUGAUCGACCCUUGACGGAGGAUCUGGAUCUUCCACCUAAGCAACGACCCGGAUAUGGUCGAGCAAGAAUUCCCGCUAGCGGAAAGAUUGGCGAAGGAACAGUCAAGAACAACACGAGCCCUACGAAGAAAGCACCUGUAAAGAACGCACCUGCCCCGAAAGCUAACGGAGGUACAACGCCUGGAGAUAAAGGCAAGAAAAAAUCGGUCGUCGUCAAUGGUGUGGGUGAUGACACGCCGGUUGCCAAUGGAGUCAACACAUCAACACCAGGGCUUGGAGGAGACGGUAGCCCAGAGAAGAAGAAUUCUGUCGUGAAAGCCAAGGUGACUGCAUCGGACCUCAAAGCUUCAGAUAAGGACAAUGCUGCACCAGCCGCGGACGGUGUCGAUGGCACGCCCGAGGUCAACGGGGUGGUGAAAGUUAAUGGUGUUGUCGGAUAUGGCGAUGCCAGUAUGAUGAGUCCGGAGAGCCUAUGA